AUGUCUUCUUUGCCUACAAUAACACCAACACCGCCACUUUCUGGUCCUGUCACAAAUUCCGUUUCACUUACGCUUGCUGAUAUUAACGCUUAUCGUGAAAAUGGUUAUUAUGUUAUACCUAAUCUUCUUUCUCCUUCGCAACUUAAACAAUGGCGAACAAUCAUAUUUAGUGCAAUAAAAGAUCGAGCCGAGAGAAAGUAUAAAUUUCCUACAGUGAAUGAAGAAGAUCAUACCAAUAUUGAUUUCGAUUAUUAUGAUAAUGUCUUUACACAGAGUGUUAAUCUGUGGCAAACACAUGAUUCUGUCAAGCAAAUUUUAUUAGAAAGUGGAGAAGUUAUUGGAAAAAUUGCUGCUGAAUUAGAAGGUAUUGAUUGUGUUAGAAUUUGGCAUGAUCAAGCCUUAAUUAAAGAACCAUUUGCAAAUCCUACGGCCUGGCAUCUUGAUGUUCCAUAUUGGUCGUUUACUUCUUUACAUGCAAUAAGUGUCUGGAUAGCAUUAGACGAUGCAACAUUGGAAAAUGGUUGCAUGUAUUUUAUGCCUGGAUCACAUAAAGUUACCGAACGUCAUUAUUAUGUAGCAAAUAAUACUUUUCCGGAAAUAAAGAUUGGUAAAAAUCUUUCUGAUAUAUUUAAUACUUAUUCCGAGCUAAAGCAAUGGCCAACAGUGGCUGUACCUAUGAAGGCAGGAAGUGCUUCAUUUCAUAGUGGUCUUUUAAUUCAUGGUGCCGGUGCUAAUAUGACAUCAGAAAGAAGAGCUGCAAUGGCGAUUCAGAUGAUGCCGGAUAAUAUGAUAUUUAAUGGUAAACAGAAUAUUUUAACAAAGAAACAGAUGAAUGAAUUAAGAAUAGGUGUAUCUGUUUUCAAUGAUGACAAUCUUAAUCCAAUAUUGUACAAAAAUAUUAAAUAA